AUGUGCCGAUCACUGGAUAGUGUAAUCAAAUCGCUGCAAAACCUGCUACCCGAGCAGACUAACCCACCCGGCGACGCCGAUGGACAUGAGGUGCGAGCAUCGCCUCCAGAAAUCGCACUCGAACUUGUUGCCCAGGUUGUACAAGCUGAGGCUCGUAGCUACCCUACGACACCGGAGGAAUUGAGGGUAUUUCGUAAGUUCACCGAAGCAUCCAUGCGAGAAAGCUGGCUAACACUGAAUCCAGUUGAACAGAUGAAGACUACGGUGCAUGAUCUUGGCUUGAAGAAGAGAGUCCUUCCUCUGUGCUCUUACGUCAUCUUUCCAUCCAAGAGCCGCCAGUCUGAGCGAGGACUGCACUGGGUCACCGUCCGCUCCACGUUCAUGGGAUGGAAUCACAAAGGCCAACAAGCACUGUUGAAAGAACGCCGGGAUGGCCUCGCAAAGUCGUUCGCUCACCUACCUGCUAUGCAGCGCGCCAAACAAGACCUCAUCAACAAGUUCAAGGACCAUGACAUUCCGCAGGGUACCGAGUCACCCUACGAAAAGGCUCCUCCAUCCCUUAGUCCUGGUAUCGCCUUCGACAAUAACAUCAAGGCCCGCUUGCCUUGUCAGAUAUGCGGGUACUUCCAUAAUUUCCACAUCUCGCAUGAGGUUGGAAAGACGAAAAGGAUGGACGAGCGCCUUUGGAAGAAGGAAAGGGCGAUCUUCUCGUGCGCCGAGCUGGGUGUCGCUGCAAUUAUGCAUUGCGUUGACGAGUUUGACCGAAGGCGCGAGGGGUCGUAA